UCUCUGUUUAUCUCACAAUUUCCCCUAAAACUUGCACAUUUCAUUUCCUUCCAUUUCUAAAACCCUACUUUCCUCCAUAAAUCACCCUAACUCCAAACAACCUUCAUCAAUGGCGGACAACGAAGCUCUCUCUAUUGGCGUCAAUGGCGACACCGCUGAUCUCAACGAACCUGAUCAUUCUUCCAAGAAGUCAACCUCCACCACCUCCAUUGACGACCUUAAUCAGAGGAUCGAAGCUUUGGAGAAGGAGAAAUCCGAUUUGGAGAGCGAAAAUUCGAAAUCGGAGGCUAAAAUCGGUGAAUUACAAGCUGAGAUCGAGUCACUCAAGGCUGAAAACGCCGAGUCGGAGUCGAAUCGGAGGGCGGCGGAAUCCAUAGCUAAGAGAGCGUCGGAGCUUGAAAUUCAAGUGUCGCGUCUUGAGCAUGACUACAUCACCUCCAUGAACGAAGGCGCCGAGUCGAGCCGUGAAGCUCAGGAGCUGAAGACGAAGAUCAAGGAGAUUGAAGAGAAGGCGAAGAGAGAGAAACAGGUGAAAGAGAAUGAAAUUGCUGCACUUUUGAUCGAGAAGAAGGAGGUUGAGAAUUCGGUUGAGCAGCUUCAGGCUUCGUUGAGGAUUUCCGAAGCUAAGGUGAAUCAAUUGGAGGAGAAAUUGGAUGAAUUGGCGAAGAAAUCGGAUGAAUCUGAAAAAUUAAUUGACGGAUUAAUGGAUAAAGUUGCAGAAAGAGAAGUUGUUGAUGAUGGAUUUGCAGGAUUCAAUACUCUAUUGCCUGCUAUUGGUGCUGUUUCUGCUGGUGUCGUCGUCGCCGCGGCUGUGGUGUGCUACAUUAGGCAGAAGUAGAGGCAGAUGACUAGAAUUGGAAGCAGACGGAAUCCCAAAAUUAUGGGUGAAUUGUACAAUUUGAUCUCUACUUGCCAUGAAAUCUUGCAGAGGGUAGCUUCUUACCCCCUUCAAGUGCUCAUAGGCCGAUUGUUGCUUUUGGAAAUUUGAUUCCAGUUGCAGCAACGUUUCCCUCCCCGAGACCUAAAUUUACUUUCUCUUGGUCUCAAUUCUUCAUCUAAUUUAAGGGUUAUUGAAACAUAUGGUAUUCAGGUUGCUACAAAGAGUUAGAAUACUAUCUGAAGUUUCAAUGUUGUUUUGAUGUUAGUUUUGAAAGGGUGAUUAGUCCACCCUUAAACCCAUAAAUAUAUGUGGCAACAGGCAGCCGGCAACUGUGAUGGUGUAAAUGACAACCUAGUGAGAAGUUUUCUGUCAUAAUGUUUAGGUCUCGGAUUUAGGUCAUGGUGUAAAUGACAACCUAGUGAGAAGUUUCUCAUAGGUUGCUCAUAGGCCGGAAUGAAACUUCUCACUAGCUCAUAGCCGGGAAUAACGUUCCUUUUGUUUAACAGUUAACUUUGUCAUAAUGUUUAUUCAUCCUCUUAUUAAACUUAAUCCUCGAAGCAUAUUCAUGGAUUCACCUAUGUGCUUCAUGGAUGGAGUCUGAUAUAAGUACCUGAAUAAAGUAUUACGAAGUAUUUCUUUAUCAUAAGGUCGAUUUAUUCUCCUACUUGUGUAAACCGAAUUGGUUUUUAUAUUCUGUCGACUGGUAUUAGUUAGCAAUCUAUGUUUGUGAUUAUGAAUCUACUGUAAACAACCGC